AGCGCGCGCGAACCUUUCGCACCAGCAGACCGCAGAUACAAAGAUACAAAAAUUCGCAAACACACUGAGAAUUCGCAAGACCGAAAAUCGCUAAAAAGUAACUGCAGAGCAGGCUAACCGAGUGGAAAAGCAAAGAGCCCGGGCAGCCGAAAAGUGCAAGUGAAGUGCGGCGAGUGGAGAGUGGAGUUCUGCGUUUUACCACUGCCAACUAAGAGCAAAAAAAAAACAAAUAAAACAAAUUAGGAACGACGGAGGCCUAGUGGCCCAAAUUCAGAACGGCAAAUUCAGAAAGCGAAGAAGAUCAAGCGAAAAUUUGAAUAAUUAAAAAUAAACACGCGCCGUGCGAGAGAGUGUGAGUGUGAGUGUGCGUGCCGCGUAUCCGUCAGAUACGCAAAGCAAAGCAAAGCAUAAGCAAAGGCAAAUCGCUGACGUAUUUUCACCCGAAUACCGUUAUAGAGCCGGCCGGCUUUUUGUGCCCAAUUAACGCACAUUCAACAAAUUGCCCAGACGCGAAAAACAAAUUGUAACAUUCGGCAUCGGAAUAUCGAAUUAAAGCCGAGUUUAUCAUCCGCAAUAAAUUGUGGCGCAAAACAACAAAAAAACAAAAAAGAAAAAUAAACAACAUAAAAGCCCUAAAGAAGAAAACCAAAACCCCAAUAAUAUACUUACCUUUCGUCUCAUUUAAUUUCGCUGCGGUUCGUUCUGGUGCAGUGUAAUAGAGAAAAGUUUAUAAAUAAAUAUACAAUAUACAAAUAACUGAAUGCAGAUGUUUGGCAUAAUAAGUGUCACAAUCAAUUGCUGAGCGGCGAGAUCUUGAAAAGUACGCUAAAAGGAACCCAUUGAGCUGAAGAAGCGACUGGAGGAAGUGCGUCUGCUGGAAUCGCGACGCUCCGCCCGUCUGGCAGACCAGGAUCGCGACACGGACUUUGCCAGACUCGCCGACAUGAGUGGCGAACGCCGCAGAACCACCACACACAGUAUUGAGGUGCCAUCGCAGCUGACGGCGCAGCACAAUCCCCGGAAACGUCCGCCCAGCGAUCACCAGGACUACAGCAACUACGAGGAAACAUGCCGUGCCGCCGAGAUUCUGUCAUCGAUGAAGCUGCAGGGUCCGCAUGGCUCAAUGGCCGACAAGUGCUCGAGUCCCGGCAGCAGCUCGUCGGCUUCCUGGAGCUCCGGUUCCCCAUCGCCGCCGUUGAGCGACGACGGCCACGCCCACCACAGCCCACACAACAUGAUGUCGCCCCACGAUGCGGCCAACGCACGCAUACGCACAACAUCCGUGUCCACGUCGGACGAGGGCAUUGUCAUCGACUUCAAGGAGGAGCGCAAGAAAAAGUCCAAAAAGUUCCGAUGCGUUUAUCGAGGAUGCGCUGGCCUGGUGGCCGAUCUCAAUACAGUCAUGCGUCACAUAAGGAAAACACAUUUGGGAAAGGACGCUCAUCGCUCCGCGAAUGAUGACUGUGAGGACGAGGAGGAGUUCUACUACGAGGAUGCCGACGACGACGACGAGCAGGUGAAGCCCAGUCUGGCCUCCGAGCCGACGCUGAGUCACCGGGACAUGGCGCGUCCGCCGCACGAGGAUCCCGAGUACCAGAAGCAGAUUGUGGGCAACUUCAAGCAAGGACGCGCCGGUAGCCACUAUAACCACCUAGCGCAGUCGCACGGACGCACCGUCAGUGGCAGCAACAUCCCGAGCACCCACCAGCAGCAGCUGCAGAACAACAACACUAGCUGCAUCCCCACUUCGCACCUGGCCCACCACAACUACACAUGCCCGGCGGCGACGGCGACAGUGGGCAGCUACACCACCUCCACGGGGACGGGGCCGGUGGCGGCCAGUUCAUCAGGCUCGCCGCUCGGCAAGCACGCUCGCUCGUCGUCCACCCGUCCGACCCACUCGGUAGCGCCAUAUCCAUCGCCGACGUACGUCCAUCAGCAGCAGCAGCACCACCAACACACGCACCACCACAACUACGCCGGCAGCAGCAGCAACAGCAGCAGCAGCAGCAGUCCAGUGAUCCACAGCAACAGCAGUGCCAACAACAUGCUGCAGCAGCUGGAGCAGCAAAACGUCACAGUGACGGCGCACCACAGUCAGCAGCAGCAGCAGCAGCAGCAACUGCAGCAGCAGCAACACCACCAGCAACAACACAGCCACCAACAGCAGCAGCAACAUCUCCUGUCCAGUGUGACGAUCACGCCCAAUUUCCAUCCGGCGCAACAGCAGCAGCCGCACCACCACCAACCGAUGCGCGGACACCAGCAGCAACAUCCACAGACAACUGCCGGCAACCUGGUUGCCCAAAACAACACCAACCACAGCAACGGAAGCAACGGCAGCAAUCCGCUGCAACAGCAACAGCAUAUGGCGCAACAGGUGGCCGUCAAGCAUACGCCCCAUUCGCCCGGCAAGAGGACGCGGGGCGAGAACAAGAAGUGCCGCAAGGUGUACGGCAUGGAGAAGCGCGACCAGUGGUGCACCCAGUGCCGGUGGAAGAAGGCGUGCAGCCGCUUCGGCGACUGAAAGCGACAGAAGUCGUCGACGGAGGCGGCAAACCAGGCGUCGGCGCACCAGUCCAAGGCAGCAACAGCAUCAACAGCAGCAGCAGCAGCAUCAGCAACACCCAAUCCAGCGGCAAUAUCAGCAACUCCCAACCCGGCAGCAACAUCUUCCCCAAAAAUGACCACCACAGUGGUGCGAUUGGCCGCCGAGGUGGCUGCCGGCAAGCAGCUACCCUCGUCGUUGACCAUCAAAACCAACAAGCGUUACGGUGCACAGGUGCAGCAACCGCAGCAGCAGCAGCAGCAACAACCGCAUUCGUAUGCGGUGACCGCCAACAGCAACACAAUCAGCAAUCGGCCAGUGCGUAUACGCAGUGUGGCCACCUCGGUUAUUGUGGCGCCAAUUGCCUGCGCAGCCACCACGACGACCACCACGCCCACCCACAUGGAGGAUGCUGACGAGGAGCCCGAGGAGCCGGAGGAGGAGCUUGAUGAGAUGGAGCAGGAGGAUCAGGAGGCGCUCGAGGAUCAGGAGGAGGCGCAGGUGGCUGCUGCCAACGGCCUGCUGGCCUGGAGCCGAGCAGCCGCCAACCAGCAGCAGGCGCAGGCAGUGCUGAUGCAGGGCUAAGUCCACCUCCUGGAUGAGAAUGGGUGAAAUGGAUGCGAACGGAUGGCUGUCGGUGGCAGCUGUUGCCCCCCUCCGACACAGACGACACAAAUCGCAAAUGAAUGCAAAUGCAAAUGCAAAUGAAAAAUGGUCUCUUCUUAUUUACUCUGCAUUGAAUUGUGCACCUUAAACACGUAACGGUAUCUCUUUUGUUGUUGUGCAGGUGUUUGCCAACUGCCGUGCAAAUGUUGCUGACAUUUGCGCCCGGGCAACAUUUGCAAUCUACAAUAAUCUAAUUAUUAUUAUUAUAAUUAUUAUUAUUACUAUUAUUGCAGUGCGUAAAUAUACAUAUACAUACAUACAUAUAUACAUAUACAUAUUUAUUUCUAAAAUGACUUUGUUAAUUCUUAUGUUAAAAAGCUGAAAAGCAGUUGGCAGAUUUUUAUAUACACAGAAAAAAAACGAAAGCAGCAAACAGUUAAGAUACAUAAUGUACGAAUGCCAGCUGUUUUACAUAAAACAUAACAAAAAAAUGCAAAAGAAAAAACAGCAAAAAACAAUACAAGCAUAAACCAACAACAACAACAAAAACACAUGAAAACCAACAACAAUAUUUAAAGCAAAUAUACAUUUGAUUUUUUUUAAUUGUAAGAACUCUAGUAAAUUUUUUUCUAGUAUUAAGUGCAAUUUCUGUUCUACUUCUCGCUCUAUACAAAGAAAACAAAACGAAAUGAAAUGAAAUGUAAGAAAACGAAUCAAACCAACUCAAACAAACAAACAAACAAAUCAAAAUGAAACAAUCGGCGGUGGUGCAGAAAUCACUUUGCUCUGAAUUUACAUUGAUGUACGUAAGAAUUCGUCACGAAGUGAUUUGUGUGCCGCCGCCGCUUAAAAGCAUAAAUAUUCAAACGAAAACCUAAAAAUAUGCAUAUUAAAUAUUCAAGGCGUUGCAUCUACACAUUAAAUAGGCAUAAACGAAAAAUAGUUAAAUUACUUGCAUAAUCACAUGUAACUCAAAUCCAAGAGCCGUUUAAACAAUUUGUAAGUGUGUGUGUUAAGCGCUAAGAAUUAAGUAUUAAUCGACUUCAUGCAUACGAGCGGCAAUAGAUGGACACACAGCUAAAUAAUCUAGUUAAUUAAGCACCCAGCCACCACAAACCCACCCACAACCAAGUACCCAAAAGCCCAAACUCUCAAACAUCUAUAGAACAAUUACCCCCCAACCCGAAAACCCAAGAACCCGAGAUCCCGAGAUCCAAAAACCACGCUAAUGUAAUAUAUAGACAUACGAGCAACUUAAACUUAAACGUAGUGAAUUUUAAAAACAAACAAACCAAGCAAACAAACAAACAAACAAACAUGCAAACAGACAGACAGACAGGCCGACAGACAAACAGAUGGAUUGUGAGGUAGAUCUUAUAUCCUUAUAUCCUUAUCGAGAAAAGGGAAUCGUCGAAAUUUCAAUUGGAGCCAGAAGGAAGACACUUUCGAACAUGUUCAAAUUUUUAAUACAUUGUUAAGUUGAUAUUUUCUAAAAACACACACAAAAACGAAAAAUGAGCUAAAUUUGUCUAUUAAUUAAUUUGUAAUGAACUUAUGACUAAAAACUAAGAUUUAAAACCAACAAAAACAAAAACAAAAACUUUUUGCGUUGUGCAACUGUUGUGAAUUGUUCAAAUUACGGUAUACACAUACAAACAAUGACGUCACAAAGGACCCAGCGAGGUUUGCGAGGAUAUAAGCGAAUGUAGCCAAUCUAGGGAUAGCUACAGAUUGAGAUUGAAUGAAGAGCAGGAGAAUUUACGGAUGAAGAAAUGAAAAUACACAAGGAAUUCUUAACCAAAUUGGAAGUACAAACUAAAGUCUAGAAUAUGUAAAUAUAGAACCCCCAUACACACACUGAAAGAACGGAAGUAAAAGGGAAUACGAAGCGGAAGUGCAAUGGGAUAACGAACCCACAAGGAAACCGAAUCGCGAUCGGAAAAGUAAUGUUGAUGGGCGAAGCGUAGAGGAGAGGAGAGGAGAGGAGGGAAAAUUGAGCUUAGGCGGCAGCAGCUUUAAAAAUGUUUAAAAAAGAAAAUGGAGGAAAUGUUAGGGAGAGCGGGAAAAUGGAAAGAUAACGCGAAAGCGGAACCGGAAGCGGAAGCAUGCAAAAACCGUAAGGAGAAAGUAAAACACGCAAGCGAAAAUUUCAUUGAAAUUGUUUGCCGUGAUUUGAAUGAAAUUCAUAAUGGUGGCCAUUUUUGUGUAAUGCGAAAAAGUUUAACAACAUUUUGUACACUUGUAUUUCGUUUUUAUUAACUAUAAGUUUAACCAAAACAACAACAACAACAAAAAACAACAACAAGAACGAAUGUUAGCAAACGGAGUAAAACUGAAAACGGAGAAAAUGCAAUACAUUUUACUUAUUUUUGUCUGUCGCCCUAGGACGGCGUCUUCUAUUCUUUAUUACGAAUUAUGAUUACGAGUAUGAUUAUUGUCAUCAUUAUUAUUGUUUUUCUUGCUAAUUUUCGUGCACCACACACAAAAACACCCCCACACACACACAAGCGUAGUUAAGUGCGCACACUCGAUCUAUUUCGUUGCGUUCUGGAAAUUAUUUAAACUUAAGUGAUAUUUUUAAAAAACAAAAAACAAAGAAGAAAGAGGAAAGAAAACUAUCCAUUAUUAUAUAAUUAUCGCUAAUAUUUCUUACUAUUUUAUGUGUACGAUUGCCACGAUUAUCACGAAAAGAGCAAGAAAUACAAGGCAGUCUAAGUCCCUCGAUCCGGGAUAUCCUCAAAAUCCCGAUCGGGGAUUAGAACUGGCCUGGAAAACAGACGAAAAGUGACAACGGAUGAAGCAGAAUGAAAAUGCUUAGCGAAGAUAAGCGAGGAAGAUUUAUGGAGGGAAAUAUCAGAAAUAUCAGUAAAGGUCAAAGCUCUAAUCCAUCGAACAUGAAUGCUAGAUUCAUUCAAUAGCGAGAAAUAAUAUUUCUUUUUGAUUUUUUUUCUUGAAAAGAAUACAACACAACAACAACAACAAGAACACCCAUUUUAUUAAAAAAUAUACAAUUGUUAUUUAUAAUUAAACAAAACAAAAACGAA